CACCCAUGCGCAUCAACCAAACACUCUUUCUCUCCUCGAGCCGCAGUCUCUUUCAUGACUGCUGCUUCACAUAUCCCUUCCACAUUGACCACAUUGCGUUCAUGACUAACUCCCAGGUCCCUUCGUCUCCGACCCCCUUUCGCGAUCCGUCCUCCCUCCACAACACCACCACCAUUUCCUCUCCCACUUCCUCAUAGCCUGUUCACUGGACCGCUUUAACCUCCGCCGUAAGCUCCUCAAGUCGUCGUUUUGUCGGGCUACCUCCCAGGCGGGAACCGCCCGCCCCCGAGCCUCUCCACAUCGGUAACCUCGAAGAUGGCGUCCGGAGCCGGAGGAGGUGGGCUCUUCAGCCGGAAUAAUUCUGGCAAUGUCCCUACCAUGAGAGGGUUGGUCUCGUUCAUUGCGGAUCUCAGAAAUGCCCGAGCGCGGGAGCUGGAGGAGAAACGGAUAAACAAGGAAUUAGCGAACAUACGGCAAAAGUUUCGAGAUGGAAAUCUCAACGGCUAUCACAAAAAGAAAUACGUCUGCAAGCUCUUGUACAUAUACAUCUUGGGCUGGAACGUCGAUUUCGGGCAUCUUGAAGCCGUCAAUCUAAUCUCCGCCACCAAGUACUCCGAAAAACAAAUCGGAUAUCUCGCUGUCACAUUAUUCCUGCACGAGCAGCAUGAGCUGCUGCAUCUUGUUGUCAAUAGUAUUAGGAAGGAUUUGUUGGAUCACAAUGAGCUGAAUAACUGUUUGGCGCUGCAUGCGAUUGCGAAUGUGGGCGGGAAGGAGAUGGGAGAGGCUUUGAGCUCGGAUGUUCAUCGGUUGCUCAUCUCACCAGCCUCCAAAGCAUUCGUGAAGAAGAAAGCUGCCCUCACACUGCUUCGCUUGUAUAGGAAAUACCCCAACAUUGUACAGAACGAGUGGGCGGAGCGAAUAAUAUCCCUCAUGGACGAUCAGGAUAUGGGCGUUGCGCUCUCCGUCAGCUCGCUGGUCAUGGCCCUGGUUCAGGACAAUCCGGAACAGUAUAAAGGUAGUUACGUGAAAGCUGCGAACAGGCUGAAGAGGAUCGUGGUAGAUAACGAGUGCGCCGAGGGGUAUUUUUACUACAAAGUGCCCUGCCCUUGGAUACAGGUUAAACUAUUGAGACUCCUUCAAUACUAUCCACCUCCUGAGGAUACCCAUAUUCAAAAACUUCUGCGAGGCGCACUGCAAAAGAUCAUGGACUCUGCACUGGAGAUGCCAAAGAAUGUACAGCAGAACAACGCUCAAAACGCUGUUCUGUUUGAAGCCAUAAAUCUUGUCAUCCACCUAGAUACGGAACAGGACCUCAUGGUUCAGAUAUCCACGCGGCUUGGCAAAUUCAUCGCUUCUCGAGAGACAAACGUUCGUUAUCUAGGUUUAGAGGCUAUGACGCAUCUUGCAGCGCGAUCGGAAACUCUCGACCCCAUCAAGAAACACCAAAGUAUUAUCAUUGGAUCACUUCGGGAUAGGGAUAUUAGUGUACGGAGACAAGGCCUCGAUUUGCUGUACAGCAUGUGCGAUCCCACGAAUGCCCAGGCCAUCGUCAAUGAACUCUUGAGAUAUCUCCAGUCCGCAGACUAUGCGAUAAGGGAAGAAAUGGUACUAAAGAUUGCGAUUUUGACUGAAAAGUAUGCCACCGACGUACAGUGGUAUGUCGACAUAUCACUCCGAUUGAUCGCAAUGGCCGGAGAUCAUGUCAGCGAUGAAGUAUGGCAGCGAGUCACACAAAUCGUCACGAACAACGAGGAGCUCCAAGUCUACGCAGCCCAGAAUAUCCUACAGUACAUCAAGGGGGACUGCCAUGAGACGCUUGUCAAGAUUGGGGCGUAUCUACUCGGAGAAUUUGGCCAUUUAAUUGCUGACACCACGGGAUGUAGUCCCAUUGAGCAAUUUAUGGCGCUGAACGGAAAGAUGCGAGGUUGCUCCUCAAGUACUAGGGCGAUAUUGUUAUCCUGCUUCAUCAAGUUCGUCAACUUGUUCCCCGAGAUCAAGCCCCAGUUGCUGCAAACCUUCCGCGCCUACAGUCAUUCUCUUGAUUCCGAAUUACAGCAAAGAGCUUGCGAGUAUCUUGCAUUGGCCACACUACCAACUGACGACUUACUACGGACUGUGUGCGACGAAAUGCCCCCUUUCCCCGAACGGACUUCAGCGUUAUUAUCACGAUUACAUCAGAAGCACGCCACGACCAGCGACAAGAGGACCUGGGUGGUUGGUGGAAGAGCUGCUAACGCGGAUGCCAAGGAGUUCAAUAUGGGCCAGAACACUGGAUUGAAACGAAGUUUCACUAACGCUGGUCCUACACGGAAGGACAGUACUCCCGCAAACGGAGCGAAUGGUGUAUCUGCGGUAUCGAACGACCUGGCAGGACUGGACAUGAAUAUCGACACCAACAAGGUGUUGAAAGCUCCUAAUCUUGCCAGUGCGGCCCACUUGAGCCCAGACUGGGAGGUCGGGUACAAUCGCCUGCUUCUUCGGCCAGAGGGUGUGCUAUACGAGGACGCUCAGAUCCAAAUCGGCCUACGGACAGAAUAUCGCGGUCAACUCGGCUGCGUAAUCUUCUAUUUCACCAACAAGUCCUCAUUCCCGAUGGGCUCCUUCACAACAACCCUCGACAACCGGUCCGCAGAGGCUCUCAAAACCGACAUCAAAGGUCUUCCAGAUACGAUGAUCCCCCCCGACGGCCAAACCCACCAAACCAUCAUGUUCGAAGCCAAAAACAUCUUCUCUGACCCACCCACCUUUCGCAUCUCAUACCUCGCCGGCGCACUCCAAGGGCUGACCCUUCAACUCCCUGUCGUCCUCCACAAAUACAUGGACGCGGCCGAGCUCUCGGCUGAGGAUUUCUUCAAGCGGUGGAAGCAAAUUGGUGGAGCGCCACGCGAGGCCCAAUCCAUCUUCGGUCUUGCUAGUAAGAACCGCACGAUGAAUAUGGAAUUUGUGAAGAAGGUAGUUAGGGGAUUCAAGUGGGGGAUUCUAGAGGGUGUGGAUCCGAAUGGAAAGAACAUUGUUGGUGCCACCGUGUUGCAUACAGGUGAUGGGGGCAAGUUUGGGUGUUUGUUGAGGUUGGAGCCAAAUUUCGAUACCCGGAUGUAUCGCAUUACGAUUCGUGCGACGGAUGAGGCGGUGCCGCCAGUUUUGAUCAAGAUUAUGGAGGAGAGGUUAUCGCAGGGGGUUGAGGGGUUGAAUUGAACGCACUCAUACCUCCCUCUUUCUAUCCCGGACAGGCACAAGCACAAAAAAAAGUGGCCAGCCUUGCUACCACUCAGUCAUGCACAUAGAGUAUAGUCAAGUAAGCGCAGCUAUAGCGGAGAUUCUCGUGUACUUCUUUUAGGGACGAGGGAUGGGACGGGAUGUUGGAAGGGCCACCAUCGUUUGUUGAUGUGUGUGUGUGUGUGCAGCAGGUAAUUUCGUUGGUAAAGCGAUCUAUGAUAUUUCUCGAUUCCCUUCCGUUUUGUUGUCGUUUGCAUUGGAGAGAGAAGCUGGAGCUGGAGUGGGGGCUGGAGCUAGAGCUGGAUGGGCAUACCCAGAAGCAUUAUUACAGAGCGCAGCCGGGGUUUGUAGUUUGUAGUUUCUGUUUGUCAGCCUGGGUGGAUGAAGGGUGAGAUAUAUAUAUGCAUCUUCUUUUUCCGUGUGCUGUGAGAGGAAGCUGUAUGUAGAUAUUAAAAGUGUG